AUGACUUUGGUGAAUGCAAUCUUCACUGGUAGAGGUUUCCAGGGAUGGAGGAGGUCUGUGCCAAUUGCACUUUCAACCAAGAAUAAGUUAGGCUUUAUCAAUGGAACUUGCCCAGCUCCAGUUUCUACUUCCAAGAAUUUUCAGCCUUGGAGUAGAUGCAAUGACAUGGUCAUCUCUUGGCUUCUAAACUCCCUCUCCAAAGACAUUGGAGACAGUGUUAUUUACUCAAAAUCUGCAAAGGAUUUGUGGAACAGCCUUGAACAUAGGUUUGGACAGUCAAAUGGUACCAAACUCUAUCACAUGCGCAAAGAAUUAUCAGGGUUAGUUCAAGGAACAACUAACAUAGUAGGAUACUUUACGAAACUCAAACAUUUAUGGGAUGAGCUAGAUUCUCUGAAUUGUGAUGUCAAGUGUCUAUGCUCUUGUGUUUGUGAGGGAAAGGAAAAGUUAGAAAAGUCCUUAGAAGAUGAAAGACUCAUUCAAUUUCUCAUGGGAUUGAAAGAUUGUUAUGGACAAGCUAGAGGAAAUACCUUAAUAAUGAACCCUUUGCCCAACAUCAAUCAUGCAUAUUCCUUGGUUCUACAAGAUGAAAACCAGAGAGAAAUCUAUGCAAACCCUCCAAUCUCUGUUGAUUCAUCAUCUUUCAUGGUGGGAAAUCAAGGUAAUUUUAUGGCUCAAAGUAACUAUCCACAGAAAAAUGGAAAACUGACAAAAAGGAAUUUUGGACAAAUCCAGAAGAAUCAUAUGCAGAAACCUGAAAAUCUAACACAGAAGAACCCAACCUUCAAGGGAAAGAAAACCAAAUUUAAUCCCAAUGUGUCUUGUUUCCCUAAGGAUUUUGAGUUUACCAAUACCAAAGGAAGCCAGUUUCAAGUUAGGGGAAAUGGGACAUUUUCAGCUGAAACAACAGAAGAACACAAUAACAACUGCAGUGAGCCUUUGUCUCAGCACAUCUCCAAAGAUCAAUUCUCACAGUUAGUGCAUCUAAUCAAGCAGGUUAAGGUUGGGGAUGCAGGAAGUUCUAAUCCAGAGAUCAAUGCAAAUGUUGACGUUGGGGCUUCAGAACACAUGUGCUUUGACUCUAAUGCUUUCCUAUCUCUAACUUCUUUACCCUCUCCACUACAUAUUAAUCUUCCUAAUUCCUUCAAGCUAAUAGUCACUCAUGCAGGCAGAAUUCUUAUAUCUCCAGAAUUCAUUCUGAAAAAUGCCCUUUUAAUGAAGAGGCCUCAAGUUUUUGGUAAAGCAAAGGAAGGAUUAAACAUGUUGGAGCCUAGAAAAGUUAGAUAUAGUUCACAACCUAAUGUAGUUUCAUUUUCCAAUCAGAAUGAUGUCAGUCAAGUUUCAGUUUCCUUUCCUAUUUCUGCAAGUGCAAUCUCUAAUGUAAAUCUUUGGCACAAUAGAUUGGGGCAUUUGUCUUUCCAUGCAAUGAAACAGUUCAAUUUUAUUUCAAUCUCUUCUAAUUCUGAUUGUUUUUGUGAUGUGCCUACCUACAAUGGUUUCAAAUAUUUUUUAACCAUAGUGGAUGGCUUUAGCAGAGGUACCUGGACCUUUCUGCUAAGUACAAAGGGGAAUGUAUUUGCAGUUUUAAAGAAUUUCUUCAUCAUGGUUGAAAGACAGUUUGGGGUUAAAGUGCAGAAAUUAAGGACUGAUAAUGCAUUUGAAUUAGGGAAGGGUUCACAAGAAGCAGCAUUUCUGCUUUCUCAAGGGUUUAUCAAGAUCAAUGCAGACGGCAGUUUUAUGCCUAAUUCAGGACUAAUAGGGUUUGGAGGCGUUGCUCGAAAUGAUAAAGGAAGGCGGAUAGGAGGAUUUUGCGGACGACUUAACAUGAGAGGGACAUCAAGUCUUACACCAGAGUUAUGGGCUAUACAUGGCGGUCUGACUCUAGCAAAAAGUUACAACUUGAAAACUGUAAUAAUCGAAACCGACUCGACUGAUGCCCUAAUGUGGCUAACUGUGGAAGGUAACGUCCCUGAAAGUCACCCAGAUCAGGUUGUGAUGGAAGAAUGCAGGAGCAUCAUAUCUAAACUUGGCACAUACUCUGAG